GCUGAUUGGCCGAUGACUAUGUCACACUCGCGCCACUUCUCCGCGCCGAGCUCGAGAGGACAACCAGAUACUUUCCACACUGUGGCAUUGAGAGGCAGUAAACGGCGUAUUAAGGUGGAAAGUUCAGAAACGUCUCCCUGCGGGAUCGUGGAACUAUCUCCUCUCAUCAAUAGACAUGGCGCGCAAAGAUUAUGCGGCGGAGAAAGAUAAAUGCAAGCGAUUCCUGCAAGAGUUUUAUUCUGAGGAUGAUACCGGGAAGAAGGUGUUCAAAUAUGGAGUGCAACUUGUGGCACUGGCUCACAGAGACCAAGUGUCUCUCUUUGUGGACCUGGACGAUGUGGCUGAGGUGGACCCUGAGCUGGUGGAGAGUGUCUGUGAAAAUGCCAAGCGCUACACAGGCCUCUUUGCUGACGCUGUGCACGAGCUGCUGCCAGAGUACAAAGAACAAGACAUUGUGGCCAAGGACUCUCUGGAUGUGUACAUUGAGCACCGACUAAUGAUGGAACAGAGAUCACGUGACCCUGCGGACACACGUGAUGCUCGAAACCAGUACCCAGCGGAGCUCAUGAGGAGAUUUGAGCUCUACUUCAAGCCCCCCAGCACAGCAAAGCCCAGAGUAGUGCGUGACGUGCGGGCUGACAGCAUUGGGCAUCUGGUGACCGUCCGGGGUAUCGUGACCCGUGCUACUGAGGUCAAGCCCAUGAUGGCGGUGGCCACUUAUACGUGUGACCUGUGCGGUGCCGAGACAUACCAACCGAUCCAAUCGUCAUCCUUCAUGCCCCUUGUCAUGUGUCCCAGCGAGGAGUGCAUCACAAACAAAUCUGGAGGUCGUCUCUACCUGCAGACCAGAGGCUCCAAGUUUGUUAAGUUCCAGGAGCUUCGGAUUCAGGAGCAUAGUGAUCAGGUACCUGUUGGGAACAUCCCGAGAAGUAUGACUGUGUACGCACGUGGUGAAAACACACGGCUCGCCCAACCAGGUGACCACGUGGCCAUCACGGGAAUCUUCCUGCCACUUCUGCGCACUGGUUUCAGACAGGCUACACAGGGUCUUCUUUCCGAGACUUUCAUGGAAGCUCACUCCAUUACACUCAUGAACAAGACUGAAGAUGAUGAGCUAGGAAAAGAGGAGCUGACUGGGGAAGAGCUGCGCAGCAUCAACGAGGAAGGGUUCUAUGAGAAACUGUCUGGAUCAAUUGCCCCUGAGAUUUACGGCCAUGAGGAUGUGAAGAAGGCUCUGCUCUUGCUGUUGGUUGGUGGUGUGGAACAAGCUCCCAAAGGCAUGAAGAUCAGAGGUAACAUCAACAUCUGCUUAAUGGGAGAUCCUGGAGUAGCCAAGUCCCAGCUCUUGUCUUACAUCGACCGCUUGGCCCCUCGCAGCCAGUACACAACAGGGCGAGGCUCAUCAGGUGUGGGCUUGACCGCAGCUGUAAUGCGAGACCCCCUAACUGGUGAGAUGACCCUGGAGGGUGGCGCCCUCGUGCUCGCUGAUCUGGGCGUUUGUUGCAUCGACGAGUUUGAUAAGAUGGCUGAUGCAGACCGCACAGCCAUCCAUGAAGUGAUGGAGCAACAGACCAUCUCCAUUGCCAAGGCUGGCAUCAUGACCUCCUUGAACGCCCGCUGCUCCAUCCUGGCCGCCGCCAACCCGGCGUACGGCCGCUACAACCCCAAGAAGAGCAUCGAGCAGAACAUCCAGCUGCCAGCCGCGUUGCUUUCACGAUUUGACCUGCUCUGGCUCAUCCAGGACAAGCCGGACGCCGACGCCGACCUACGUCUGGCCCAGCACAUCACAUACGUCCACCAGCACUGUCGCCAGCCCCCAACACACUACACCCCCAUCGACAUGAAGCUCAUGAGACGUUAUAUUGGCGCGUGCAAGAAGAAGCAGCCCGUUGUGCCCGAAUCGCUCGCAGACUACAUUACUGCUGCCUAUGUGGAGAUGAGGAAAGAGGCCCGGGUCAGCAAGGACACCACUUUCACCUCGGCCCGAACCCUCCUCUCCAUCCUCCGCCUCGCUACUGCAUUGGCUCGCCUCCGCUUAAUGGACAGCGUUGAGAAAGAGGACGUCAACGAGGCCAUGAGGCUGAUGGAGAUGUCCAAGGAUUCACUGCAAACUGACAAAUCCAACAAUGCAAGGGCUCAGCGUCCUGCCGACGUAAUCUUCUCCCUGGUGCGCGAGCUGGCUACAGAGGGCGUGGCGGGCCGCGGCGCCGCUCGCACAGUGCGCAUGUCGGAGGCUGAGCAGCGGUGCUUCUCGCGGGGCUUCACCCCAGCCAUGUUCCAGGAGGCCCUGGAGGAGUACGAGGAGCUCAACGUGUGGCAGAUCAACCAGGCUCGCACCCGCAUUACCUUCGUCUGAGAGGGGGAGAGGAGGACUUUGAUUUGCACCAAUGCUUAUUUUCCUUUCCUGCAACUGUUUGUUCGCUUUUUCAGAAUCACACAGAUAAAAGUCAGAAUUUACUUGUUUGCUUGAUCCACAUUCCAACACUGCUGAACAUUUCUGUAUAUUGUUUAUACAAUGUAAUGCAAUGUUAACUUUGAUUCUUUUGUUGUGAUGCAUACCUAUAAUAAAUGUAUUAUUCGCGUGCUGUUUCA